GAGCUUCAGUAGGACCACUGAUAUCAUCAUUUUAGGUGCAUUCUCCAUACUAUCCUGUGGCCAUGGCAGAUAUGUCAAUACCCUUACAUUCACUGAGAUUCAAAAAAUUGCUGAGGGAAGAAAAUGACCCCCCAAAUAGUGGGACGACUUUCUCUGGACCAAUGAUAGAGACCAGAGAAGAGGUCCAAAUUCUGCAUUCUCGUGUACAGCCUAUAGUCUCAACUUCAGCAUCAGACCCUGGAGGAAUAUCCACACAGCUAAUAACAUCCCCAGACUUUGACACCAUGUCCGCAUCUCUUAUGGGAGUACCAGACUCUGGAGAAUUGUCCCCAUCACUGAUGCCAGCCUCCAACUCUGGGGAACUGUCCCCGUUGCUAAUGCCAGCUUCAGAUUCGGAGGCGUUGUCCCCAUUGCUAAUGCCAACCUCAGACUCUGGGGCCCUGUCCCCAUUGCUAAUGCCAGCCUCAGAUUCUGGACCACUGUCUCCAUUGCUGUCUACUUCGGACUAUGGACUAAUGUCCCCAGGGAUGAUGACAAUUCCUGACUUUGGAACAAUGUCCACAGCACUAAUGGCAGCACCAGAUUCUGCAGAGGUAUCACCAUUGUCAAUGUCAAUUCCAUCCUCUGGAGUGAUGUCUGCACCUAUAAUGAACACUCCAACCUCUGAAGCGAUGUCUACACCAUUGAUGCUAACCCAAGAUCCUGGAGAGAUAUCCCCACUCCUAAUGCCAGAUAUAAACCCUGGAGUAAUGUCCACACAGCCAGUAUCAGCUCCAGGCUCUGAAGCAAUGUCACCAUUGCAAAUUACAGAUGAAGACACUGAAGCAAUGUCCAAAGUUCUAAUGACUGCCCUGGCCUCUGGAGAGAUAUCUUCACUGUUAAUGUCAGGCACAGAUGCUGAAGCUGUAUCCUCACUGAUAAUGUCAGCCCUAGCUUCUGGAGCAACAUCAACCCAUCCAACAAGCACCCAAGACCCUGGGGAAAUGUCCACCCAACUAAUGUUAGGUCCAGACUCUGGAGUAGUGUCCUCGCUGCCAAUGUCAACUCCAGGCUCUGGAGCAAUGUCCACAACACUCCUGUCAGGUCCAGAUGCUGGAGAAAUGUUCACACUGACAAAGCCAGCCCAAGAUGCUGAAGCAAUGUCCCCACUGCUAAUGACAGCCUUAACAUCUGGAGUGAUGCCUACCCAGCUGAUGCCAUCUCAAAGCUCUGGAGUGUUGUAUCCACACUUAACACAAAAUCUAGACUCUGAAAUCAUGUCUACUCCAAAGAUAAGAGCAACAGCCUCUGGUGGGGUAUCCACACUGCCGGUGAGAGCCUCAGACUCUGGAGCAAUGUCCACAUCACGAAUGAGAGCCCCAGGCUCUGGAAAUGUGUCUACAUUGCUAAAGACAGUCUCAACCUCUGGAGCAUUGUCUACCCAACUGAUGACAGUCACAACUUCUGGAACGAUGUCCAUGGAGCAGAUGUCAACUGCAGCCUCUACAGUGAUGUCCACACAGGUAGCAAUGGCUAGAACUUCUCAAGCAACGUCCACAGGCUUUAUGAAAACUACAGCCAAUGGGGCAAUGUCCACACCACAAAUAAAAGUCCCAGCUUCUGGAAUGAUGCCUACACUGCUAAGGAGAGCUCCAGAUUCUGGAGCAAUGUCCGCACAGCCAUUUACUGCCUCAGCUUCUGAAACAAUGCCCAUGCCACAAGUGACAGCCUCAGCUUCUGAGUCAAUGCCCAUACUACAAAUGAAAGCGCCUCUCUCUGAAGCAAUGCCCAUGUCACAAAGAAGAGCCACAGCCUCAGGAGUGACAGCUGUACCACAAACGAGAGCCCCAGCCUCUGAGGCAAUACCCACCCCACUGAUUACAGCCAAAGCCUCUGGAGUAAUGUCCACACUAUUAACAAGAGACACAGCCUCAAGAGUGAUGUCCAUGCCACAAAUGAGAGCUAUGGCCUCAGAAGCAUUGUCUAAGCCACUAACAACAUCCAAAUCCUCGGAAGCAAUGUUCAUACAGCAAAUGACAACUGCAGCUUCUGGAGAGAUAUCCACGAUACUAAUGAAAGACACAGCUUCUGGAAACAUGUCCAUGCCACAGAUGACAGACACUGCCUCUGCAGUGAUGCCCAUACCACUAAUGAGAGCCCAUGCCUCUGGAGACAUGUCCACACCACAAAUGACAGCCUCAGCCUCUGGAACUAUAUCCACACCUCCAAUGAAAGCCCCAGUCCCUGGAGAAAUGCCCACAGCAGUAAUGAGAGCCACAGCCUCUGGAAAGAUGCCUAGGCAGCCGAUGAACACCCAAGACUCUGGAGGAGGGAUGUCCAUGUCACUCAUGAGAUCUAUGACCUCUGAAGGAGUGUCCCCAUUGCCGAGGCAAGCCCCAGCCUCUGAAAUGAUGUCCACACCUAAAAUGAGAGCCCCAGCCUCUGGGACAGUUUCUAUACCACUAAUGAGAGCCUCAGACCCUAGAGAGAUGACCCCUCUGCUCAGAAGAGCUUCAUCCUCUGGAGAAAUGUCCCCACCACUAAUGAGACACCCAGCUUCUGGAGAGAUAGUCACACCUCUGAGACCCCUAGCUUAUGGAGCAAUGUCUACACCACAAAUGACAGCCACAGUCUCCAGAGGGGUGUCCAUACCACAAAUGAGGGCUCCAGUCUCUGGAGCCAUGUCCACAUCGCUCAUGAGAUCCACAGCCUCUGGAGUAAUGUCCAUGCCUCAAAUGACAGCCAAGGCCUCUGGAGGGGUGUCCAUGCCACUGAUGAAAACCCCAACAUCUGGAGCAACAUCCACACCACAAAUAAUGCCCAUGGCUUCUGGAGAGAUGUGCACACUAUCAAUUCACACCUCAGCCUCUGGAGUGAUAUGCCCGCCACUAUUAGGGGCUUCAGACCCUGGAAUUAUGUCCACAUCACUAAGGAGACCCUCAAUUUCUGAAGACGUGUCCACAGAGUUAAUGAGAGCUCCAGCCUCCAGAAAGAUGUCCACUGCACAAACAACAGCCAUGGGCUCUAGAGGGAUGUCCAAACCAUUUAUGACAGCCACAGCUUCUGGAACAAUGCCCAUGCCAUUGAUGUCAGCCAUGGCUUCUGGAGAUAUGUCUACGCCACUAAUUAAAAACAUGCCCUCUGGAGCAAUGUCAGCACUGCAAACAAGACUCGCAAGUUCUGGAUCUAUGUCCUUACCACAGACAACUUUCUCAACUUCCGGAGGGUUACCUGCACCACCAAUGAGAGCCUCAGGUUCUAUAGCAAUGUCCACACCGCUUAUGAGAGCCACACCCUCCGGAGCAAUGUCCAUGCCACAAAUGACAGCCACAGCCUGUGGAGGGAUUUCCACAUCGCUAAUGAGGGUCCCAGCCCCAGGAGCCAUGUCUACACCACAAAUGGCAGCUGCAGCCUCUGGAAUGAUGUCUGCCCUAGACAUCAAAGCCACAGACUCUGGAGAAACAUCUGCCUCUCAUAUCAACAUCACAGCCUCUAGAUCAAAGUCCACACCACAAGUGACUGCCACAACCCCUGAAACAAUGAACCCACCACCAAAGGAAGUUCCAUCCUUCGGCAUGUUGACUCCAGCACUCUGUUACCUCUUAGAAGAGCAGGAAGCAGCCCGGGGUUCAUGCUCUGCAGAGGAGGAGAUGGAGAUUGAUGAGGAGAAGCAAAUGAAGGGAUUUUUGGACGAUUCAGAGAAAAUGGCAUUUCUGGUGUCUCUUCAUCUGGGGGCAGCAGAAAGGUGGUCCAUUUUGCAAAUGGAGGUAGGAAAACCCCUCUCAGAUGAAAAUAAAAUGUUCCUAAGAAGAUCACAGGGCUUAUAUGACUCCCUCUCUGAGAUAGACAUCCUUAGUGCUGUUCUUUGCCAUCCCAAGCAGGGCCAGAAGUCAGUCAGGCAGUAUGCCACUGACUUCCUGCUGCUGGCCCGACAUUUGUCUUGGUCUGAUGCCAUUCUACGGACCAGGUUUCUGGAAGGACUCUCAGAAGCUGUUACCACCAAAAUGGGCCGGAUCUUCCUGAAGGUGGCCGGCAGCCUAAAGGAGCUGAUAGACAGGUCUCUCUACACUGAGUGCCAGCUGGCUGAAGAGAAGGAUUCCCUGGGAAGCUCAAGCCAGGUUUUUCCAUCAGCCUGUAAGCGGAAUAAUGAGGAGGCAAUGGCGAAUGAACUGAACUCUCAUCAGCAGACUGAGGAGCACCAGCAUGUUCCCAAACGCUGUUACUACCUGAAAGAGCAUGGAGACCCCCAAGAAAGUCUGCAUGACCACCUUCGACAGAGCACAGGCCAUCAGAAGGCCCCCACUGACAAGUAAUGUUCCCUGGAUUCUUCUGUGAUUUCUAACUUGGCUGCUAACUCGAGGACUGGUUCCUGGACCCAUUCCAUUCAAUUACAUCAUAAACCUUGUGGCCUUUCCCCUUCAGCCUCCCCUUCCAGGCACAUCCUACUCUAUCUUCCACUUGGCUGACAUAACCUUCUCUUUCACCCCAUAUGCCUGUGACCUGUCUUGACAGAGUGUGGACUUCAAGAGUAAUGUAUGAGGUUUUGAACUCCCAUUACCAUUAAGGCCAGUUUUAGUUCUUGGUCCAGGGUGAUGUCUAGGCAGGGGAAACCAUUUCCUACCUCAAAAACACUUUAGAGUGUCUUGCCAUGUGUCAUCAGGCAAACUUGAGGAUGCCCUGGUAUCCAUUUCACCUGGCAGGAGAGCCUAUAAGGAGAUUGAUGCCCACUCCUAUACCACCCUCUUCACCUAGUAGACCUGCCCUUGUAUGCCCCAAAUCAUAAUAUCUAAAAUGGUUCUCCAGGAUCCUUGCCCUGUUUAUAGUCUCCAUCUUGAACCAUUCGUUUUGAUCCAUUAUAAUAAUCAUAGUAAUGGCUAACAUUUAUCAACUAUAUACUCUGUGACAGGUACUGCACUAAACUCUUGACAAGUACCAUCUCUCUACAUUCUUGCCAUAACCCAACUUGUUCUUGCAUUGUCAACUUCUGACCUCUUGAUCUGUUGUGUGUGGUCAUUGUCUUGUCCUUCAGUGUCAAAUCUCUAGCUCUUACCUCUGGGUGACCUCCUCAGUUGUUAGUUGCUCUCACUCCCCUUAGCUGUUGUGCUUCAUGGCCAGCACUCUUGAUAAGGGUCUUGGUCUUUUAACAGACAUAGAUAGUUGGAACAUAGUGUGAACAGUGUUUGCCUUC